AUGUCUUCCCAGCCUCUCCUCCAAACCGCUCCUGGCAAGCGCAUCGCCCUCCCUACCCGCGUCGAGCCCAAGGUCUUCUUCGCCAACGAGCGCACAUUCCUGUCAUGGCUUAACUUCACCGUCAUCCUCGGCGCCCUGGCCAUUGGCAUGCUCAACUUUGGCGACCGAGUGUCCUUCAUCUCCGCCUUUCUCUUCACCGGCGUGGCCAUGUUGACCAUGAUUUACGCCCUCGUCACAUACCACUGGAGAGCCAAGUCUAUACGAGUGAGAGGACAGGCCGGAUUCGACGACCGAUUCGGCCCAACUUUCUUGGCCAUCAUCCUCCUGUUGGCCGUCAUUGUCAACUUCGUCCUGAGGAUUAUGGAUCAAUCGAAGAAGCAGAAGGGCCACCCCGUCUACUAA